AUGGAGACCAAGGAGACUGCGCCCUUCGACUCGCACGUCGAAAGCUCUUCUCGCACAUCCCUCGACGGCUUCGAUGAGGUGGCCCCUGAUGCGAUCGGAGGUCGCUCCGUCGCUGAGCUGCCCAAGAAGUACUUCACCAGCAUUAAGCUCAUUGGGUCGGUCGUAGCCUUCUCUCUCGGAUACACUUCGGGGAGCUUGGCCUUUAUCAUGGUUGCAGGCUCUUUGGAGUUCAUCAACGCAGAAAUCGGUCCCAGUCCCGAUACCAUUUGGAUCAUCCUCGCCAUGACCCUAGGACAGGUCACGGCCUUUUUCACCAUCGGUCGGCUCGGCGACAUCUUUGGACGCCGCUGGUUCUUCAUCGGGGCCAACACGCUGGCGUUCGUGGGCUAUAUUGUUGCCAGUCGCGCGCAGAAUAUUCCCACGCUGAUUGGUGGUAACAUCAUCAACGGACUGGGCUCUGGUAUCCAGCUGUCCGGCGCCGUGGUGUCGGGAGAACUCGUCCCCAACAACCGACGAUUCAUGUCGUACGCCAUUGUCACAUGUGUCUUUGCGCCUCUCACAUCGGUUGGGCCUGGAAUAGCGAGGGUCAUCUGCGUCAAUACCGAGCAGGGCUGGCGGUGGAUAUACUACAUCCUCGCCAUCAUCAGCUUCCUCGGCGCGCUCAUUCAGUUUUUCUGCUACUUUCCACCAAAGUUCGACCAACUUCACAAGCGUGGCAGUAGGAAAGAGACGGUGAAACACCUCGACUAUGUCGGACUGGUGAUUCUCGUCGGAAGCGUCACGUCAUUGCUCCUGGGCAUUUCAUGGGGGGGCCAACGAUAUGCAUGGAAGUCUGCGAAUGUCAUCGCGACCAUCGUUGUCGGCGGAGUGGGAUUCAUGAUUCUCAUACUCUGGGAACGUUUCGGCAAGCCUCGCCACCCAGUUCUUCCUCUAUAUCUCUUUGCGAACUGGAACUUUGACUGCCUCACCGCCCUGGCCUGCGUUGGCUCUAUGCUCUUCUACGCCUCCAGCAUCGUCUUGCCGCAGCAGAUGGCGAUUCUGUACCGACAGAGCCCGUCGGCGACGGGCUGGAUCUCGUGCACCACAUCCGCCGGCCUCAAUGUAGGCUUCAUCCUCGCUGGCGCGCUCUCGCAUAAGAUCAAGCAUGUCAAAUACCAACUCCUGGCGGGCGCGAUUGUGCUCACGACCUUUAGCGGAGCGAUGAGCGCUGCGGACGGCACGAAACUCGCGGUGCCGAUUGUGUUCGUUACCAUUGCGGCCAUCGCCAUCGGUUGGAUAGAAGUCCUUGUCGGGAGCGCCGGUCCUCUUUGCCUCAAUGCCAAAGACAUUGGUGUUGCCAACGGUGUUCAGUGGGGGUUGCGGACCCUGACGUCCAGUCUUGCGAGUUCAAUCUAUGUGACCAUCUUCACCAACCGAGUGACAACGAACAUUCCCAAAUAUGUUGUUCCCGCGGCCCUCAACGCGGACCUCCCGGCAAGCUCGUUACCAAGCUUCCUCCAAGCUCUGACGAGUGGUAACCAGCAGGCCCUGAUGAGCGUCCCGGGAGUGACGCUCGACAUCAUCACCAAAGCAUCGGCCGCGGCCCAGACGGCCUACUACAAAUCCUUCCAGACCGUCUACUUUGCCAGUAUCGCUUUCGGGGGAGCGGCCGUCAUCAGCGCGUUGAUCAUGCGUGGUUGGGUGUUGGAUUCGACCUUGACCCUCGAGGUCGCGCGCAAGCUGCAGAAGAUUGAAGUCCAUGGCGGAGACAAGCCGGCAAAGGACAUGGCGGACGUCGAGGAGUCAGGAACUGGGCCAGGUCAUGUUCAUGUCUAA